UUUGUCCACAGAAAUCAGGCGUCUGGAUAAGAGUGCUGUAUAAAGGUGUUAAUCUGGAGUAAAUCAUGAGCAGUGUGAUGGAGGUGCUGGCUGUAGUUUGGGUUUUGCUCAUGGCUGGACUUCCAGCUCUCGGAGGUGAGCACUCUCUGUAUUACACCUACACGGCUCUCUCUAAACCUCUCAAUCUCCCCGGCAUCUAUGAGUUCACUGCACUGGGCAUGCUCAAUGACCGAGAACUCGACUACUACAGCAGCAAGACUCAGGCUAAGGUUCCUAAACAGAACUGGAUGAGAGAGAAGAUGCCACAGGAUUACUGGGAUAAAGGCACUCAGUCCCGCAAGAGCAAAGAGCAGUGGUUUAAGGUCAACGUGGACAUCCUGAUGGACCGAAUGAGACACAAUAAGUCUGACCUUCAUGUUCUUCAGUGGAGACAUGGCUGUGUGGUUAAUGAAGGUACAGAUGGGAAUAUUAAAUUUGUGAGAGGAGUCAGUGAGUAUGCCUACGAUGGGUCUGAGUUCCUCUCCUUCGAUGAGGUAAACUCGAGGUGGAUUGCUCCUGUCGCAGCUGCUGAGCCGACCAAAAGGAAAUGGGAUGAUGUGCCCAUCCUUAACCAGUACACCAAGGGCUAUCUGGAGAAAGAGUGUGUGGACUGGCUCAACAAGUUCAUGGAUUACGGAAAAGAAGAGCUGAGAAAACAUUCUUCACCAGAUGUACAUCUGCUUGCAAAGAAAUCAGUACGUGACCCUGGCAAGUUGACCCUGACCUGCCUGGCCACAGGUUUCUACCCUCCAGAUGUACAGAUGCAGGUGAGAAAGCUCAGAAUUUCUCUACCUGAACAUCUGGUAACAUCCUCAGGAAUCAGACCCAAUGGUGAUGGCACCUACCAGCUGAGGAAGAGUGUGAACACUGUGGAGGAUGACAAAUCACUUUACGAUUGUUAUGUGAACCACAUCACCUACAAAGAACCAAUACUUACAAAUGGGGUUUUGCAAGAACAAAAUGGAGAACAAUGCAAGGACCGUCCCAUAGUUCCAAGUGGUGCCAUCGGAGCAGUGAUUGGAGUUGUGUUUACGCUGGCUGUGGUCUUUAUCCUUAAAAAGAGAGGUAUUAUUGCCACGAAUGAAAGAAUGUCCUAUAGCCAAGCUUCUACAGGUGAUGUACACGUGAAUGGACACGUGAAUGGACACUUGAAUGGACACGUGAAUGGAUACGUGAAUGGACACGUGAAAGGAUACUUGAAUGGACAUGUGGAUGCACACAUUAAUGGAAACUUGAAUGAACACAUGAAUGACGACAUGAAUGUGAAUUUUGAACAGAAACUAAAGAAAACAAAAAGCUACAAUUUCUAAAAUUGUGGUUCAUGCCCCGUACUAGCAGCAUGAAGACAAGGAUCUCAAAUAUGAAGAUAUGAGUGUAGGGGACUGACAGAUGUACCAGUUAUGACAGUUACAACAAGAUUUGCAAGAAAUGUGUGAAGUAUGAAGUUGCUUUUUGUUUAAUUAUUUUAAAUUUAAUGAUUUAUACAAAAUGAUCGGGAUCAGACUGUAUUAGACUGACCACGGGUGAUCAGCAGCUAAACCAUUUUUCACCAACAAAGUCAUUGUUUCCCCAUGGAGAGAACCAGUGGGCAUCACACACCGCUUGGAUAUGAAGUCUUGGCACUGCGCUCAAAGCUCACUCAGCUUCAAAUUUAACCCAAACAAUCACAUAAGCUCUCAAAUAUGUCGUAAGACUAAACUUGCUAGUUGGAAUGGAGGAGCAGCUUAUUAUCUGUGUGUCUCCGUAUCCAGAGCUCUUGUUACCUCAUGUAUUAUCUUAUGUUCUGUGUCUUCCUCCUGUCUUCUCUUAAGGACAUACAAAGACAGAACCUUAUUCUUUGUUUGAGAUUUAGAUACAUACCAUAAUUAGGAACAUGCAGAAAGAGCUAGCUCUAUGAAUGAUCUACAGUCCCCUCCGAAAGUAUUGGAACAGCAAGGUCAAUUCUAUUGUUUUUGUUAUACACUCAGUACAUUUGUGUUUGAGAUCAAAAGAUGAAUAUGAAAUGAUAGAUCAGAAUUUCAAAUUUCAUUUCCUGAUAUUUAUAUCUAAAUGUGUUAAAAAAAAAAACAUUUUAAAGAAUAUGGUAUUUUUUGUGGCAGACCACCUAAUUUUUUAAAUAAAUAUUUUUAAAUAAAUAAGACAUUUGGGAGCCUAGGAUUCAGUGGACAUUCAGAGCUAUUAAUUCUUAAACAAUCAAUCUAACAGAGCACACCUGGGCAGCAAGAAACACCUGUCCGUCACAUGUUCCAAUAUUUUUGAUCACGUGAAAGAAUGGGUGGGCUCAAACAAAAUAAAUUAAGACUAUCUGUUCCAAUGCUUUUUGUAUUUUAUAUAAAUCUCUAGGAUGGUCCUCUUUAUACCAAACGAAAAAACACACAUUACUAUUUAUUGCCAAGACAUUGUUAGGCAAAUUACCUCUUUAUAUCAUAUCAUAUUAGCAAUUAUAUUAUUAGAUCUUUACAUUUCAUUUAAAUAUUCCCAGAGUGCAUUCAGAGCUGGGUAAAACUGCUUUCUCUUUUUGUGCUCCCUGGGGAUGGAAUGAGCUGUAAAAUACUAUUACCUCAGAAACUGUCAUGGCAAAAACUUCUUCAAUUCAGAAUAAGAAAAAAGACUUCCAAAGUCAAAGGGUUCUGGAUGCCAAAAAUCAAUAGACUGUUGAAUCAACCAACAAAGCCGAGACUUCUGCAGAGCAUCUGAUUCACCUGGUCAUGGCUCAAGCUUUUCUACAAUUCUAAAAGUAAUGAUCUCAUUACGUGGAGAUUUCUCAUUUUUUCUUUUAAAUCAUACUCCUAUCUUUCGCCACAAUUAUUUCAUUGGCCCACUGACUCAGUUUUAAUUGUGGCGUAAGCUCAGCCAGACUAUUUUUUAAAAAAAAGAUAAGACUAUAUAAGUCUAUAUAUAAGAUAAGUCUAUAAUGUAAAGCUCUGUAUAUUCGGUACUUUCCACAAACCAGGUUACAUCAGUUUAUCUGAAUUCCACUCCGUACAUCAUGUGCAUACUUGGUUUAACACUCUGGCAUAGAAUGACACUCCCUUCUGGAUUGCAUAUUUCACUAAACACUAAUUGGCUUACGUCAAAGUGGUUACAUUCUUAAGCCCUUGAUUUACACCUUGAUUCCCCAGAAAACAAGAUACAGUAUAAAUGAAGAUACAGUAAAAUAAGAUACAGUAUAAAUGAAGAUACAGUAAAAUAAGAUACGGUAUAAAUGAAGGGUUAAAAUCUUCCAGAAAACUCGUCCUUCUUUGAAUACAUUUAAAGGUCUUUUACAAACUACCCUAAAGGAAACAUGGUGCUGUUUUACAUUAUUCUUGAUUUGAGGUGAAAAGUGUUAUGGACGUUAUGCCGGUAUAACCUCUAUGUCGUUUCUCUUCUGCUGUCUUUCCUGUGUUGUUUUUAUGCACUGUAAAUGUUUCAGUGUGUGAAAUUGUUCUUUUAUGUGAAACUGUUUGUGCUGCUGUCUUGACCAGGACUCCCUGGAAGAAGAGAUCUUGUAUCUCAAUGAGACUUUCCUGGCUAAAUAAAGGACAAAUAAGAAUAAAUAAACACCUGGGC